AUGCCGAGCACUAUUAUCAUUGAUGGUAUGAAUCACAGCGCGGCAUCACAGCCUGCAGCACAAUCCGCUGCCACCAUCCUGCCAGCUUCUCCUAAAUCUGCCAUUCAGCAGAGGACUUUCAGAGCUAGAUCAAACGUUUCUUCCCCCAUUGCCUCCACUCCAGUUUUGCAUCAAGCUGAAAUCUCGUCAAGGAGGGCAAUGCUUUCUCGGAUCAUUGAAUUGGAAGAUCAGGUUCGUUCCCUGGAAACCCAGAAGCAUGACCUCAAAGAGGAACUUGAUGCCCUCGAAAUAGAGAAUCAAUCUCUGUUCCUUAAGAACGAGGAUUUGCAGAAGAAGGCGAAUGACAUUGUCGCUGCAUUAUGUACUAUUGUUGACAACCACUGA